AUGGACUCCUCUAUCACUCCUCUACGUCACGGUGGCCUUUCCCUUGUCCAGACAACAGAUUUCUUCUAUCCCCUCGUUGACGAUCCUUACAUGAUGGGCAAGAUAGCCUGCGCCAAUGUGCUGAGUGACUUGUAUGCCAUGGGUGUGACAGACUGUGACAACAUGCUGAUGUUGCUGGCAUGCAGUAACAAGAUGUCGGACAAGGAGCGAAAUGUCAUUAUUCCAAUCAUCAUGCGUGGCUUUAAGGAUGCAGCAGAGGAAGGUGGCACACAGGUGACAGGCGGUCAGACUGUUAUCAAUCCUUGGUUGACGAUCGGAGGGGUUGCUUCAUCAGUGUGUCAGUCCAAUGAAUACAUCAUGCCAGACAAUGCAGUUGUUGGGGAUGUCCUGGUCCUGACGAAGCCUCUGGGUACACAGACUGCAGUGAAUGCCUACCAGUGGUUGGAUCAGCCAGAGAGAUGGAACCGCGUGAAGCUGGUAGUAUCAGAAGAUGAUGUGAGACGAGCUUAUCAGCGAGCAAUGUUCAGUAUGGCCCGUCUCAACAGAAUAGCUGCACGACUAAUGCACAAGUACAAUGCCCAUGGUGCUACAGACAUCACAGGAUUCGGUCUUUUGGGCCACGCCAACAACCUGGCAAAGGUUCAGAAGAAUGAAGUUGGAUUUGUAAUACACAACUUACCUGUCAUCGCCAAGAUGGCUGCCAUUAGUAAAGCCUGUGGGAACUUGUUUGGUCUGCUGCAAGGCACGUCUGCUGAAACAUCAGGUGGUCUCCUCAUCGCUCUGCCUAGAGAACAGGCAGCCGCCUUCUGCAAGGAUAUUGAAAAGCAAGAAGGCUACCAGUCCUGGAUUAUUGGCAUUGUAGAGAGAGGCACCCGCACUGCUCGAAUUAUCGACAAACCCAGAGUUAUAGAAGUCCCAGCGAAGGAUCGGGAAGGAGAACUGUGGUAG